GACGCGCUUCAGUGUGUGUGUGUGUGUGUGUGUGUGUGUGUGUGUGUGCGGGGCGGAAACAAACAGCGAAGCGUUCGCAGAACUGCGUGUUCCCGUGCGACCCCACGAGUGGAAAUGACUAACUCCGCCGGAAUAUCGAGUCGAUCUUUGUACCGUACCCGUUCCGUAUCUACCAUCUCGUAUCAAUUACCGAGGGAGGAGUGUAAACAUCUGUAAAGUGAGGAAGUGGGAUGUGGUUUUCUGUGAUGUGAAAAGCCUGUUACGUGGUUGCGCGCGUGGGCGCCGUGACUGAUGGCACGCGAUCGGUCGGUCAUACACAUCAGUAUCGCAGUACUGGAUGACGCGUUGAGGGUGUGAGAUCAAUAUGUGAAUGUGUAUGCAAAUAGAAGUUUUGUGAAAUAAAGAGCCAGUGCAUUGAAUUCAUCUGCAUCAGAUAAUGGACUCAUCUGUGGCGCUGGUAAUAACGCGGGGCUCGUGUUUUCCGGAGGACGCGGGGAAGAGCGCGCAGAGCGCUCACCUGAACGGCUGCGUGCCGCUCUCUCAUCAGGUGGCCGGACACAAGUAUGGCGUGGACAAAGUGGGUAUAUUGCAACAUCCUGAUGGUACAGUGUUAAAACAGUUGCAGCCCCCUCCGAGAGGACCCAGAGAGAUGAAGUUCUACAGUAUGGUGUAUGCUGAAGACUGCUGUGACUCCUGUCUCAUAAACCUCCGAGAGCACCUUCCCAAGUACUACGGCACCUGGUCCUCACCUGACACUCCCACAGACCUGUACCUAAAACUGGAGGACGUGACGCGUAGGUUUCAGAAGCCGUGCAUCAUGGAUGUGAAGAUCGGCCAGAAGAGCUACGACCCCUUCGCCUUGCAAGAGAAACGGGAGCAGCAGAUCAGGAAAUACCCACUGAUGGAGGAGAUUGGCUUCUUGGUUCUGGGUAUGAGGGUAUAUAAAGUGGGCUCAGACAGCUUUGACACCUAUGACCAGCAUUAUGGAAGGGGCCUCGUAAAGGACACUAUCAAGGAAGGUUUAUCCAAGUUCUUCUUCAACGGUGACAUUCUCCGCAAAGAUGCCAUCACUGCCAGCAUCCUCAAAGUCCGGAAGAUCCUCCAGUGGUUUGAGAGUCAGAGUCAGUUCAACUUUUAUGCAAGCUCUCUGCUCUUCGUCUACGAGGGCAUCUGUACGCCAAGUCUUGGCUAUCAGACCCUACUGGAAAGCCAUCUUCCACCCAAGACCCGUGAGCAGAACAACAACAUCGAUCAGAGCCUCUCCUCCAUGUACUCCCUGCACAAGAAAGGUUGUGUCAGGAGCCACUACCAAACCAAACAGGAUAACAGCGUGUGGAAAAUGUCCGUACAGCAGCCCAAUGGCAACCGUAGCCCUGCAAGACUGAAAGAUGAGGGGAGGGAGUCGAAAAGUGAAGCAGGACAGGAAAUGGUCAGUGACGUGGAGGUUAAAAUGAUUGACUUUGCACAUGUCUUCCCUAGUGAUGUCCAUGACCAGGGUUACAUCUACGGCUUGAAGAACUUGCUUAAAGUCCUACAGCAAGUUCUAGAUGAGUAAUGGAGCUCUUUUAUUUGUUCUUAGAUGGGUUACAUCUGGAUUGAAGAACCUGCUGGAGGUCUUUCAUCAAGUUCUGGACUAGUGAUGGAGCUCCUUUAGUGGUUCUUAGCUGAGUUACAUUUACGGCUUGAAGAACGUACUCCAGGUCCUACAGCAAGUUUUAGACAAGUGAUGGAGCUUUUUAAGUUGUUCUUAUUGAUAGGUAACAGAAACGGCUUGAAGAACCUACUGAAGGUCCUAGAGCAAGUUCUAUACAACUGAUAGAGCUCUUUUAGUGGUUUUUAAAUGGGUUAUAUCUAUGGCUUGAAGAGCCCACUGAAGGUCCUACAGCAAGUUCUAGAGGAGUGAUGUAGCUCUUUUAGAAGUUUUUGGAGAUGGGUUACAUAUACGGCCUGAAGAACCAGCUAAAGGUCCUUCAGCAUGUUCUAGACAGGUGAUGGAGCUCUUUUAGUGAUUUUUAAAUGGGUUACAUCUGCUGCCUGAAGAACCUACUGAAGGUCCCAGAGCAAGUUCUAUACAACUGAUAGAGCUCUUUUAGUGGUUCUUAAAUGGGUUACAUCUACACCUUGAAGAGCCUACUGAAGGUCCUACAGCAAGUUCUAGAGGAGUGAUGGAGCUCUUUUAGUAGAUUUUGGAGGUGGGUUACAGCUAUGGCUUCAAGAACGUAGUGAAAGUCCUACAGCAUGUUCUAGACAAGUAAUGGAGCUCUUUUAGUGGUAAUUACAUGGGUUACAUCUACAGCUUAAAGAACUUUCUAAAGGUCCUAAAUCAACUUCUGGUUGAGUGAUGAGGCUCUUUAGUGGUUCUUGAGAGCUUAUUGAUGAAGAUAUAUAUUUUGUAGCCACUUUCAAGACCAUAUGCCCCCUUCGCUCUAAUCUGCACUACCUACACCAUCAGUGGAGUAACAUGUUUGUAGCCCCCGUCUGAUGUAUGUGCUUUAGUCUUCAAAAAGCUUUGUACAGUUUAUUAUGAUAUCUUACUCAGGUAAUUAAAUCCAUAAUGCUUGUAUGUUUAUCCCGGCAAAAGAAGAAAGCUUCACAAAAUGUUAAAACACUCUAUCAUAUAUUAGUUCCUGUUUCCAGAGCCAUGGCAGAGCCAGUUCUUUUUUUAUCUCUUUAUUUUUAAAUUGAUGUGAUUGAAAAUAGGAAUUUGAUUGAAAUGAAGAUGUAGGAAAAUAUGUCUGACAUUUCUUGCUCAGAUGCUGCCAAAAAGACCCUGCCUGUAGUUUCAGACCUGUUGAAUUGUGAAUUUUCUCAUUUUUUUAAUGUGUGAUUUUGAAAAUAAUUAAACCUUUGUAAGUUUAUUCAUGUUCUGAGAUUACUGAUGCAAUAUGACUAAAAUGAAAGGAUGAAGGUAAUGAAGAUUUGAGACUUUCGUCUUAAAGAGACCCUUGUGUCUACAAGGAAUGCCAAAGUUUCUGUCAAUAGACAAUGAGAACUGGAGAAUUCAAGUAACUUUAGCAACUUAAGACUGUGUUCAUAAAUGGUUUAUUUGAGUUUUAAUCAUACCAUCCUUCUCGUGUCUUCACAUCCUCCUUUCUUGUCCAGGUAUUUAAUUUGGACAUUAGUCCAUGUUCAUUGGGUAUGCACACAAGAUAAGAUACUAUCACAGAUAGGGUCAUAUUUAAUAAUAAAAAGCAAUAGAAUGUGAGCAAAGAAAAUAAUAAAGACCCUUAAAUUAUAAACAAACAUUUUUAAUCUCAAAACUAGAUUACAUUUUUUUUUUGUCAAUCAGUCCAUUUAAAAAAAAAAAAACAUGUUUAUGAUCUCUGAUUUGUAAGUAACCAUUUAACAUAUUUUAUAUUUGCAGUUUGCAUGUUUCUUCGUAGCGGAGACUAACAUGUUUUUUGUGGGUUUAUUUUGUUGUUGUUGUUGUUGUUUUUACCAAAGUUAUUGAUUUACCCCCUGUUGUAUCAUUUUUAAUUCUUAGCUAUUGCAAGUUUUAUUAAAAAAUUGUCUUAAAAACAUGAAUUAUGCUCAUGUAUAAUGAUCAUUAAUUUACAUCUCCAUACGGUUAUGUUUAACUAAAAAAAAAAAAACAUCACAAAACAUACGCUCUGUUCCAAAACCUAGUGAGCUGCCUGAGUAGACAGCAUUUUAAGGUAUCAUUGGCACAUUCCUGACAUGAAGGCUAUCAGAAAUUAUUUAGCAGAGAUGGGCCACUUCUAUUAAAAUGAAUGGGAGAAAUUGGAUCGCUCAAGCAAGAAGUGGCCAAUGGUCAACGGAUGUAAUGGAUUUAAGGAAGUCCCGCCUUAAAGUUAAAAGAGCCAAUCACCUUUUAGAUACAGACAUCACCUGUCAAUCAACACUAGAACAUGCAUCCGCUAUACAAACCAGGAAAAUUGCGUUUUUUAGCGUAAUAUGUGGUAAAGAAUCACAAUUUAUGAUACCAGUAUUGCUUUUUUUGAAAUAUGUACUUUGAUUGUAAUCUUGACCAAUCAUUUUUGAGAUUUUGGUCUUUCUCCAUUCAAGUAGAUAGGAGCUGCACUGGCAUGACUGGAAAUAACCUCCCUAGAGCGUUCCAAAGAUGGCCAGCAGUGGACUGACUUGCUAGAAAGACUUUGAGCCUAUUCAAAAAGUUUAAAAUUCAGCAUGGCUUAAAAGGCAGCAUCUCAUGUAUCUUUCACAGAGAAGGAAAUUCCAUCCCAUCCAAGAUGGUGGCUGUAGUGUUGAUUUAUAAAUGAUUCAUUCAGUACCAAAAAGUAUUGAUUUAAGUAGUUCUAAUUUAAAAAUUGGACUAUUUUAUCCAGUAUUUUUUGUUCCGUGUAUUGUAUUGCUUAUAAGAGUAUUUUGAAAUCAAUUGUAAUUUCAGUCUACAGUUCGUUUUAAAUUAGAUGUGGUAUUUGUAUUACACACAGAGUAGCUGCCUAUGUUUCAAAGCAGUCACAAAUGAGGUUUCAUUUUAGUUAGGACACAGCCUUAGAAGCCAGAUGCCUAGUAAGGCAUUAGACGGCAAGGCAACUCACUAGGCUUCGGAAUAGAGCCACAGUGUUCCUUUUUCUUUCUGCAUGUAUUAUUUUUGUUUUGUUGUCUCUUGUGUUAUCUGUGUAAUAUAUAACAUCACCUCGGUUGUCAUGGAUGUUCAAAGACCACAGCGAGAUUAGGGUGGCGCACCAAGUGUACAAAAUACAGUUUAACAUUCUUGUUCAUGUUCAUUUUUUGAAUAGCACAAAAUUGGAAAGAGUUGCUUUCUGUUUGUACCCCAAAAGACAGAAAUGCAUGAAAAGCAUAGCUCCAAAGUAAAAUGGAAAUGUGUGUCUAUGGGCAAAGUUUAACUCCCGUUGUGCCUAAGAAAGUAUAGUCUAGCCCUUUUGCGAUUUCCUGCUGGCAUAUUAUUGUAAAAAAAAAAAAAAACGUAUUUUUUCAGUGGACUUUUGCUAACAGUCUAAUGGGGCUUUAGAGUUUUAUAAUGCUGUGCCAAGGCAAAAUGCAGUAACUACAUAUUGAGUCAGAAAUUGAGUUUUGACUGAAAUCAGGUCUCUUACAAUAUGAUGUUAUUUGACAUGUGUUCAGCUCAACUAUACUAUACUAAUUUGCAGUGACUACAAAAUCCACACUGAAAACAAGGAAAAUCACAGUACUUUAAGACAUUUUGCAGGUUCUGUGUUGGCGUAGUUACUCUUUUUUGCCUUUGGAGGGCAUAAUAGUGCUCCCUAUAAUAUUAUAUUGUGUUUUACAGCACAGUUAAUGAUUAACUGCAUCUUGUUUACAUUCUACCUUUAUAGUUAUCUGGACAGAGACAUUUAAUGCUAUAGUCAUACAUGCAUAACUCGAUAGUCAAUUUCCAUUAAUUAUUUUAUCUUUAUUUAUGCACUGAAUAUAAGUGGAAAUAUUUAAGAUGUUCAUUUAUGCUUUUGUUACUUACUAAAGUUUAUCUCUAAUUGUAUUUUGUUUUUUGUUUGUUUUUUUUAAUACUGGUAUAUAGCACCUGAUUGGUAACUAACUACUGUACGGUGGUGCCUAAAGCACUUUAGUGAGCCUCUGGCAAGACUGGAUUUUUCAACCAUGGAAUAAAUCAAUCUUACUUAUAGGCACCAAACUGUUUAUUUCUACAAAUGAAUUCUGAACACUCAAAUGUUUGUACACUGGCUUAAACUAUUGUUCGUAGAACGGCAGGAAUUUGUCAAUUGCAUUCUCUCUCUCAUGCAGAGUCAGUGGAGUAUGAUAAUAUCUCUUUGGUGUCCUUAUGCUUUGCUGUUUGUUACUCUGAAAAGCCUGUCUUUAACUUCGUAACAAGCUGCGCAUAGGGAUUAACACAAGAAUUUGGCAAAUGAAAACUACAAUUUAAAUGUCACAUUCAAAUGGUUUCGAAAUGAGUAAUGUAUUCUAAAUGUCAGCCAUGGGUAGAAAAAUUGGUCUGCCCCUGAAAUGAACUGGUUUUAUAUAUAUAUGAUUUUUCAAGGUAAUAAAAGAAAAAUGAAUACAAUUUCUAAAACAAAUCAAUGAACGCUCUGAUUUUAAGAAAUCGAAUGCUUUCAGACCUACAGUAUAUAGUGUGUAGUCUUUGAAGAUAUAAUGUCUGUUCAACCCUGCUCUAAUCGUACUCAAAUUAACCAUUUUUGAAAAUAGAGACAUGAACAAAAAAUAUUUACUUGGAUGAAAUUAUCUGUAUAUUUGGCAAAUUUUCAGUAAUAAAAUCUACAGCUGAUACCAGGUUGUGUAUGCUUGUCUUCAUUUUGUGGGAUGUUUUUCACAUGUAAGCAUCAAACUUGGGGCAUCACUGUAAAAAAAAAAAAUAAAUAAAUAAAAA